UCUAAAUAAAAUUCAAUACAAGCCAUGAUGCUCGGGCGUUUUCGACUUUAUAGUAAUACUGCUCGACACAAUACAAUGAUGGCUCACAAUAAAAUAGCUAUUAAAAAAACUGCACCUUUUCGGCCCUUUUCAUGCUCGAGACAUAAUUACGAUAAAAAAGAACCUCAUUUUUGGGAAAUAGAAACCAAAGAGAAACCAAACGAUAUGCCAUUUUCAACACAAUCUGUUCAAGAUGACACAAGAGAUUUUAGAGAGCUAUUGGAAGGCUUAUUUACGACACAAACACCUAAAGCUGUAGAACCUGUCGCUCCAUUAAACAAAUCAACCGGUUCGCUUAUUGAAAAGAGACUUUUAGACAUGGUCUUGAAAAACAAACAACCUUAUAAAUCCAAAUCACCAUUGCCUCGUUCAGCGAUAUCUCAGAUCUAUGGUAAACGCAAACAAGAAGAUGAUCAAGAAGAAUUACUCGAUAUUUUCAACACAGACUAUAGAAAAAAGAGCAAUUGGGAUAUGAAGCACAUUGCUGAGGAUGAACGUAUUGCCACGAAACAAAAAGAAGUCAAGAUCAUUCAAGACAUUCUCGACACAAAGACACCGUCUGAUCUUUUAGCACUUGUUCAACAAGAAAUCAAUAGACUAGAUCAAACAUACCCCGCUUAUUAUCCACGCAUUAUUACGACAGCCAUUGAACAUGCUUCACGCACAGAUCCUUAUUUGGCUCUGUCGAUCUUUGAAUUAGCCAAGAAUAAGAGUGUGGCUAGUUAUAUCAUGGGCUGUACAACUGAUGCUUAUAAUGCCAUGCUUAUGCUUCGCUGGGAAUCAUGGUGUGAUGUGUAUGGCAUGUUGGAUCUAGUAGAAGAAAUGACAUUGAAUGGUAUUGAAUAUGAUCAUCGCUCAAGACAAAUCAUUAAACAGGCUGUCCAAGAGGUUGAAUCAGAAGGAGAAGCGGGUACAACAGGUGUCUUUUGGAAUACGGAUGAACAAAGAAACUGUAACCUCAUGAAAGAAUUAGCAGGCAAAUGGCUAGUUGUUUAAAUAAAUCGACUACGAAAUCAUAAUGAUUGGUGCUUCUUAAGACAAUUUUGAAAAUUUUUAUAGGUCCCAAAGGGACAUGAAUGGUCAAUGCUUAUCUGACUGUCAAUUGCAAGAGCGUCAA